GAAUUCAAAGACCAAAUGGAUAUGGGCAGGUUGUGCUGGGCCGUCGCCGUGUGUUUAGGACUUUUGACGACGGGUAUUAGGGCCAUGGACGUGCUGGAACUCAUUUUCGGGCCGAGAUUAACGGAGCCCCAAGAAGCCGGUGCUGCGGCUAGCCGCGACGGCAAUGGGACGAGGGACAUUCACUCCGGAGACCACGACUACAUCAAUGAUGCCGGCUACCACAUUAUGAGAUUCGGAUACCCUUUCGAGGAGCACGAGGUCGUCACAGAGGAUGGGUACAUCUUAAAAUUGCACCGCAUUCCGUACGAGAAGAACUUCAGCACUCUGGGGAAAGUCCGGAAACCGGUCCUGUUACACCACGGCAUCUUCGGAGCUUCAGAGAAUUGGCUGUUUAGAGGACCUGAUAAGGACUUAUGUUAUAUCCUUUCAAAUGCCGGCUACGAUGUCUGGCUUAGUAAUUCCAGAGGAAAUCAUUACUCUAGGAAACACGUGACUCUGGAUCCUAAUUCUGAUAUGAAUUACUGGAAUUUUAGCUAUCACGAAAUGGGUUACUACGACCUUCCGGCGAGUGUAGACUACAUACUGAAUAUGACGAAUCAAACGAAGAUACAAUACGUAGGCUAUUCAAUGGGAAGUACAGUUGGCUACAUAAUGCUUUCCACCAGGCCGGAGUACAAUAAGAAAAUAAGUUUGAUGGUAAACUUUGCGGGGACGGGAAUCGUAGCGCACAGACUAGCGCCGCAUCUGAAAAUCGUGUUCAAUGCCUUGCCCACUAUGGUGGAAUCACUGAGAUAUCACAAAAUUCACGAGUUAUUUCCACGGCGUGAAUUGAUAAGCGAGCUGCUGGGGACAUUGUGUCAGGAUCGGUCGCCACUUCAAAUGAUUUGUCUGUCUAUUAUCUAUUUGACAGUCGGUGUGGAUUAUGAACAAUUUAAUACAAGUUACGUCCCAUACAUUUUUAAGUAUUACCCGUCUGGAACUUCGAUCAAAACCAUGCUGCAUUACUAUCAAAUGUUCACCAGAGGAUACUUUGCCCCUUUGGAUGUAAACGUUUACACAAAUAAUACAGAGAAAGCAAAUUCUAGGGAAUAUGAUUUAUCAAAAAUAACAGUGCCUGUUUCACUGCAUUACGGAGAUGGCGAUGUGUUAGUCACCAAACAAGAUAAUUUGGCUAUGGCCAGGAAACUCAGGAAUGUAGUUGGCAUAUUCAAAGUACCUUAUCGACAUUUCAAUCACUUGGACUUCCUAUGGAGCUCCGAUUCCAAAAGACUGCUUUACGAUCAAGUUAUAGUUCUUAUGGAUAAAUUAAACAAAAUGCAUCUGAUAAUAGCAGCUACUGCCUUGCUCCUUGUUGGCGCAGGAGCCAACGACCUGGAGAAAGAUGUUAUGGCUUUAGUUCGUAACAACCCUGAGUUUCUAAACUAUUUUAAAGAUCUACCAUUAGCUGUCGAGGAAGAUGCCCAUUUGAGAGUCCCAGAGUUGGUUCGUAAAUACGGAUAUGAACUGGAAGAUUAUUACCUUACCAAUUCAGAUGGAUAUAUUCUGAACGUCCACAGAAUUCCAUACGGCUCAGAUGGACAGGGCAACGAAAAACGACCAGUAGUUUUUCUUCAACAUGGAAUUCUCAGUUCUUCGGCAGAUUGGAUUUCACCUGGACCAGAAAAGGGAUUGGCUUAUUUAUUGGCGGAAAACGGUUAUGACGUUUGGAUGGGCAACGCUAGAGGCAAUCGUUAUUCGCGCAAUCACACGUCUUUGCAUCCCGACGAAGAUCCUUCAAAGUUCUGGGAUUUCUCUUGGCACGAAAUCGGAGUCGUCGAUUUACCAGAGAUGAUCGAUUUUGUCCUGAAAGAAACCGGUGAAGAAUCAUUGUUUUACAUCGGGCAUUCGCAAGGCACGACUUCGUACUACGUGAUGUGCUCAGAAAGGCCGGAAUACAACAAGAAGAUUAGGGCACAUUUCAGUUUGGCCCCAAUUGCAUACAUGAAUCACAUGACAAGUCCACUAUUUAAACUUAUUGCUCUGGCAGAAGGAGGUCUUGGUUUCAUUUUGAAAUUGAUUGGUAUGCACGAAUUUUUACCUACCGACGGAUUCCUUCAUAAUGUUACCAAAGCUUUCUGCGAGCCAGGCAUAACUCAAGUCCUUUGCGAGAAUUCUUUGUUUGCCCUCUGCGGUUUCAACAAGAAGCAAUUGAACACAACGUUAUUGCCGAUUAUGAUGGGACAUACUCCAGCUGGAUCUUCCACAAAGCAGUUUCUUCAUUACGCCCAAGAAAUCAAUUCUGGUAAAUUUAGACAAUACGAUUACGGUUUGAUUGGCAACAUGAAGCGUUACAACAGCAUAUUUCCACCCAACUACAAGUUGAAGGCAAUUACAUCACCAGUUUAUUUGUUUUACAGUAGCAACGAUUGGCUUUCUGCCGUUAAAGAUGUUAAUAGGCUAUACGAACAAUUAGGAAACGUACAUGGAAAAUUUUUGGUUCUGGAUUCCGAUUGGAAUCAUUUGGAUUAUAUGUUUGGUAUUGAUGUUGUUGAAUUGGUCUACAACAGAAUAUUAAGCUUGAUGGCAAUGUAUUAAGUAUAUUGUUCUAAAUAUACAUGUAUUACUAUAUUUCUGAAAUAAAAGUUUGUGCAAUUUA